AUGCAGUCACUGUGGAAUAGAGCCAGCCAGGCUCACCGUUGUGGCUGCCGCGCCUGUAGCACGGCGGUGAAUGCUUUGGGAAGAAGGACAACCACAGCUGCCGGUCGCCGCAAAGCAACUUUGACCGAAAUAUUCACAGCAUGCUAUAGCUCCAUGUUUGCAUCCGCCGCCAUUAUCGACUCGAUAAGAAAGGAUGAAAGACGAAAAGAAUUGGACAAGCAAUUGGAGGAGGCGAAACAGGAGCUUGCCGAGCUCAAGGAGCAGGGCAAACUUCUACCCUCUCUACAUGGCACCAAUCCCGCUGGAUUCACCCCCAAGCAAAUGGACAUACUGUGGAAAGCCAUGAAACAAAUAUACAACGAACGUCCAUACAGAAAGAACGUCCACUUCCCGGCAACUGUUGCCGCGUCGAGCGUCACGGAUUGUCUUCGCAAGGAAUACUACGAUUGCCCAAGCCAAUCGAUGCUCCAGCAGGGGCAAUGUAUUGAUUAUACCGCUCUGGAGCUGGCAAUUUACAACGAAAGUGAGCACUGCUCCGCUCCGGGGGCGCGCACCGAGACACACCUCCGACACGAAACCUCGCGAUUCCUGCGCUUGGUCAAUGCCCUCCUCGAGGAAGCAGAUCGAAUGGACCGAACAAAUAAAGAGAGCCGGAGUUUUACGCAAGCUACAGAAUUACUACGCAGUAACCACGCCGGUUAUACUUUUCGAUCUCUUGAUCCCGAGGGAGCGCGGAACAUGACCCAGAAGCUUAACGAAAGUCUCCGCAAAAUUCUUGCAGCUUCCAUGCCGCCGAAAGAGAAAAUCGGCCGUAUUUGUUAUAAUAUGAUGAUAUCUUCGCAUGUACCGGAUAUACAUACAUACAACACCCUAAUCUCGGGGUUCGACCAGCAUGGACUGUCUGCCUUGUCGGACCAUGUCAUCUACUCCUUCUUCUAUGGCCGCUACAUUCGACCUACGCAAUCGACUUUCGUGGCCAUUUUGAACCACAACAAGCUCAUGAAUACCCCGGGACCUUUUCUGCUCAAUGUGGCGCGGAUAACAGGAUUGGAUGAUAAAGUUGGUGCCAAGAUGCGACGAAGGCACCAAGACUCAUUACAGCGCAAUUUCGAGCAAGCCUGGGCAAUGACGAACCGAGCGUCAAAAACACAAACCGGCGAGUUCAUCAUGGAGCACUUGCCUCUCAACCAGGAACUGGUAGAAGAGAUGAUGAGAGGCCUGUUGCGCUUCAGGCUGCUGGAGCAGGCAGCUCUGCUAUUUGUGGGCUGUCUCAAGUCUGGGGUUGCCAUAGGCAGCAAGGUGAUACGGCAACUACUGGAUGAAUGCGUUUCUGCACUGGAUUGGUCGGCCAGCGUGCAGUUGAUACGCGGUAUGAGCUCGUAUGGGCAGCAAUGGCGAUUCAUCAUGGUUGAGAGCUAUGAGGAUGGACUGCAUCUGGUCAAUCGAGUGCACCAGCUACUGGACCUGUGCGGAAUCGGUCCACGUGGUAGAGAGUUAUCUUUAUCUGCCCGGCGUCUCCGAAUUUCUGAAGACGGACUAUCGGGCUUAAUUAAUACGCUGAAUAGCACGGGCAUCCUUUUGGAAGCUAAGAGCUUUUUGCACAAUUUCGACUCGAGCAAGAGCAGAAUGCUACAACUGGAGAGUCUUUGGAAGGAAUACGUCAAGGUGCGCAAGGUUACAACAUCGAUCGAGAGCAAGCUUCUGAACGCCGAUCAUUCGCAAGAAUUUCGCGAGGAUUGUGCUAUCCACAUUGGUUCACAGGCUCUGCAACGAUCGGAACAGUUGAGCCAGGAAUUUCGGAAGCUGAUGCCAAGUCGAGAGCAGCCAACGGAAGAGAAGGCAACAGUGAAGAGGCCAGUGCAGACUGCCGAAAAGCCGCGGAUAUGCUUCAGCCAGAGAAUCGCUGCGGCACAGGGUGUGGCUUUUGAUGGCGAGUUGCCGAUGCACUGGAACAGGCAGUUGGUUGCGCGACCCCAUCCCAUGACAGAGCAUGUUGGAUUGGGCACCGCAUAG